UAAUUGAUAUUUACAACAUUAAAUGUUACCAACAACAAAAGCAAUAUAGGCAAUUAGGCUACGUAGCCUAAUAGCCACAUUCAUUAAAUCGUAAAAAAAAAAAAGUCAACAACGUUGACAACAGUUGAAAAGUCCUACAGUUAUUCAUUUUAACAAGCAUCAACGAGCGAAUAUUAAUUGAAUGGAAAAUGUGUGGAAAAACCUGCUUGAAACCAACCAAUCUUGCUGGUCUGGUUCAUGUUUACAUGGAAUAGCCUAACAAUUUACACCGAAACUUUGUAGAUUAUUAAUUGCUUAUGUAAUCUUAUUGUUGAAAAGAAACUGCAAUAAAGUGCAUCCUAAUUGAAUUAUUUAUCCGUGCACUGGCUUGACAGACUAAGUUUACGUAAGUAUACGGCUAUGUUGCCUUACUUUCGUUUUCGGAUCUAAGUUUCGUUUCUCUGUAAGCGCUCUUCUCCAGAUCAGCAAGAAUGACAUUGCUCUAUAUAUGCUACUGUAAUAUCUAUCACGGUUCACAAUGCUAAAGAGAGCAAUGUUUCGCUGUGGACAGCUGAGUUCGCGUGUAUUCGCGGUGGAGUUUGAUGCACGCACUCAACCUCUUUAUUUCACGCUGAGCUCAAACCCACAAGAGCUUCAUCAUGCUCAUCAGCAGCUCUUUGGAGAUGAUGGGAAGCUCUUCUCGCUACAUGUCCACAGUGACAGCAGAAUUGAGAAAGCGCAAACGCACGCCGAGAUCAAACACAAGCUGUCCGUAACACUGUCGCGAGAUUGCGAUGUUUUUGAAGCGUCGUCUUUUAUACCGGACGUCAAAAAUAGCGUCGUUAAAGGAUUUUUUAUACGAGACAAAUCCACUACUACCCUCUCAGAGGACAUACUAAAGACGCUGCAGCAAAGUAAAUCAGUAUGUGUGUUUUCAUACAAGCGCGAGGGUGAGUACUGCUGGCAGGAGCUGUGGUCACCUGUCAAUCAAGUGCAGGAGUCGGUGAGGCAGUACAUCGCACCUGCAGCAGCAGCAGAGCAUCACCCAUCCACACUGAACAUCAGGAACUCUGAUGUCUUCUACUGUAUAGAUGAAGCCUAUAAAGUUCUUCAGGAGUGCACUGACAUUAUCCCUGAGUCAAAGGAAGUGCUGAAGCUUGUAGACGAACAGUUGGAGACAAGCAGGGGUGAUGGAUUUCCUGUCAUUGUGAUCGAGGGACUGGAUGCCACAGGUAAAACUACUCUCACAGAAGCCCUGCAGGAGUCUCUGAAUGCUACUCUGCUGAAAUCUCCUCCCCAGUGCCUGGCUCCUUUCAGACAGCGCUUUGACUCAGAACCACCCCUCAUCCGCAGGGCCUUUUACGCUCUGGGGAACUACAUCACUGCUGCCCACAUCGGGAAAGAGUCCUUGAGGGCUCCUGUCAUAGUGGACAGGUACUGGCACAGCACAGCAGCGUAUGCCAUUGCCACAGCAGUUGGUGGAAGAGUUGAAAACCUCCCAAAGCCAGACUCAGAGCUCUACCAGUGGCCAGAAGACCUGCUCCAACCAAACCUGGUGCUGCUCCUCACUGUCAGUCCAGAAGAAAGACUGAGAAGACUCAGGGACAGGGGACAGGACAAGACCGUUGAGGAGGCUGAACUGGAGAUCAAUCAGCUCUUCCGACUUAAAGUGGAAGAAGCUUACAAGAGAAUCCAGAAUCCUGCCUGCAUCAUCGUGGAUGCAAGCCCCUCUCCACAAGAAGUGCUGCAACAAGUGCAGCAUUUAAUUAGGAACAAAUGUCACUUGUAAACAACCAGCUCCCUACCCCACGAGGCAAGAAGCAAUGCAAUCCCUCCACACACCACUAGAUGGUAGUGUAGUGUUACGAUUCCACCCCCAGUCAACUAAAGCCACUGUAAGAGCUCCAGUCAGCCGAGCCUGUUGAUUGAAAGGGAGGCUGGUGGCUAACUGCCAGCAUAUAUUUCAGGGCUCCUAUCUGGACAUGUCACAACAUAUUCCCCUUCCCACAGAGCUUUAGUGAUGACACGAGAGGGAAAGUUAUUGCGGGUGCCGUAGCUGGGUGUCAGCUCUCAUACGCGGGGUCACAGCGUCCACUUUCCUCACUCUGACUUAUUCCCAGUGAAACACAGGAACUCAGCUAAAGAGGUUUGAGAAUUCAUCAAUCACUUCAAUUAGAUUUAAACACAAGAACUCAUUGUUGGUCAGCUCAGUGUUCACUCCUUCAGGAGAUGGAAUCAAGGGACCUUAUGGAGGUAUUAAAAGCGAUAGAUCUGAUACAGGCAAUUUAAACUUGCUUUGAUUUGUUGCUGUUGCUUUUGGACACAGAAUCUGAUCAUUAAUUAAGAGUGAUAUGCUAGGACAAAAAUGUACGCUGUAACUCAGUUUUCAGAUCCAGAUUCCUUAAAGUCUGUUUAUUGUACUAAAAUAAUCAGCUAAGAAUAAAUUGUAAUCUAAUACAAAUCUUUUAAAUAUGUUACUCGGGUUUCACUUCAUUUUAAACAAACAGUUCACCUACAAAUGAAAAUACUGUCAUGAAGGGAACACACUUGUCAAGUGUGGGGGAAAAAUUUAAAAACCAAAAAAAGUAGUCCAUAUGCUAUAUUACAAGUCGAACAAUAUUAUUUGUGUAACCAGACUAAUGCUUCAUUACUUUAUUAUUUUUAAUUGUUAUUAUUUAAAUUAAUUAAUUAAUUAUUAAUUAAUUAAUCUACAUCACUGGUCAAAACAUGGCACAAUGUGUUUACAAACAAACUAUUCACAAGAUUUCUAUGGAAAGCUAUUUUUGCUACAGAAUCAAAAAAAUAAUACAUAAAAAAAAAAAUAGCUUUAUAGUUUUUUAAUUUUUUUAGUUUAUAUCUUGCAAUUCAUAUUUUCCCCUGCAAUUCCGGGAAUAAAGCUGGGAAUAAAGAAUUGUAUCUGUUAAAGAAAGGUCUGACUUGUGAGAUAAAUAUAGAUAGAUAGAUAGAUAGAUAGAGAUAUACUGUAUAUCAGUGGUGGGCCGUCAGGGCCAGCAAAGCCUUCUCUGCUGACCUAAACACUAUCAGAAUCACUGACUUAGUUUUAAUAUAUUUUUUUCCAUGAAUGUGUAUUAAAUUAUUUCCAAUAGUCUAUUCUCUUCAUUUCAUAGCUUUUCUCUUCUUUGCGCUGCUUCCAGUAGUGUAUGUUUAUAUUAGAGCUUUUAUCCAUUCAUAUUUCAGCAAUCGUGUUGCCAGGCUCAAAGAAAUCUGCCUAAGGUGUAAAAUGCACGGCCCGCCACUGCUGUAUAUAGAUGUAAGCUUGCGUAACCUGUGAGUCAUAAUUGUGAGAUAAAAAGUCACAAUUAUUAUUUUUUUAUUAUUUUUUUCUAUUCCAUGGCGGACACUUUAGAGCAAUUGCCAAAAAUAAAAAGGAAAAAAUAAAUAAAUAAAUAUAAAACCCCCACCAAAAAGUAGUCCAUGUCAAACAAUAUGUUUUUGUGUUUUUCACAAUUAAAAAAAUAAAAAAUUGUGUGUACAGACUGAUUUAUUAUUAUUACUUUUUAUUUAAAAUGUUCUUUUUUUAAUUAUUAAUAUUUUUAUCUGAAAAUGUCAAAAUGUUUCACAAUGCAUUCACAAACCAUUUUAGAAUCUUAACACAAACACUAAUGAGAUUUCAGAGCUUCGGUGGAGGGGAACGUUAUCAGUAAACAUCAACCUAAAUUUCAGUCUGAACACCAGAAUUUGAUAAUGACCGAAAGAGUUUUAAUUUUUGGAUUAUUCAACUAAUCUUUUAAUUAUACACAUGAUCUUCAAUAAUCCACAUUUAGCACACAUGCACACCUUAUGCAUGCAUGCAUGCAGGCAUCCAUCUGCCCUCAUGUGCUAACAAUACCACACUUACCCUAUAAUUCAUUUAUAUGGUGAACACUGCAUUUACCCAGUGAUAGCAAGAUUAAUUAAAGGUUUUAGUAAUUAUGAGCUCAGUGAGGAUAUGGGCCGGGAAAGACGGAGUGACCCGUCUAUCUCACACUGAUGCCUCAGCAGUGUGGAGAAGAGAGUGGGGUAUAUUCAUAUGGCAAUUAAGAGAGUCCUGUAGAUCACUGUCAGACGGCUUUCCACACCACUGCGCAAUUACACACUCCCCUUAGCCAAUUAUUGAAUCUUUUGCUAUAGACGCAAUUAUAUGUUUAUUUUUUUUAACACAUUGCAUAUACCCCAUAUAUGCUCGUGGGUGGUUAAUAUUAAUGCCUCAUAGGCGUAAAAGGCCACAUUUAAAUGUGCGGCAUGAGAAAUGUACUGGUCAGUGAUUUUAAUAAACGAUUGAACUGGUUGCAGUUAAAUUCCUGGGAUUUUCUGCUUGGAGACCACAGUGGUCCCCAAUGGUCGGACAAGCCAGGUUGAUCAAUUUUCCAUCUAUUUGCUGUUGCUCUCAGUGGGAAUAUACAGUCUUUAAGGAUUAUAUGUUCAGUUGUUAUGGACAGACACUCCUACAGUGCAGUCCUUAUGAACUAGGGAGGGGGUCAGACAUGUGCUCUUAAAAUACUCUGGCCGGCUUGUAAGUAGCUUGAGCAGUGCUUUAUGUAUAGUCAUCCUUCACUGACUGUAAUAAGUCUUUCUUGUGGCGUAUUAUGAGAAUUUGAAGUUAUAGCAGUAUGUUUCUAUUAAAAAUGUAUACUACUGUUCAAAAGUUUGGGGUCGUAAGAUCAGUAAAAGUCUCUUUUCUUAUGACAAAAAUACUGUAAAAACAGCAAUAUUGUGAAAUAAUAUUGUAAUUUAAAAGAACAGUUUUCUAUUUGAAUAUAUAUUUAAAAAGUAAUUUAUUCUUUUAAUGGAAAGCUGAAUUUUCAGCAGCCAUUACUCCAGUCUUUUGUGUCACAUGAUUCAAUUUUGUUCUCCCAGUAUUCUUUGAGGAUAUAAAUGUCUUUUGUAACAUUAUAAAUGUAUUUACUGUCACUUUUGAUCAAAUUCGUGCAUCCUUGCUGAGUAAAAUGAUUAAUUUUAACUAAUUA